GAUCAGCAUUUCUUGUCUGAAUGAAUGGGAAUUAAUUAUUUACUGGAACAUACCUGCAAGGACACAUGAUAUUGUAAUACCAAAACUGCCUCUGUAGUACACAAACAUAUUCAUUAAACAAACUCAAGGGUUUUAUGAACCAAACAUGGAGACUUUGUCAUUACUGCUCCAUGUUAUGUAGGCACUAUGCAUAUAGAUGAAUGUAACAGCCAUGUCUAGCCAUAAAUUAGGCAUCUUAAUGCACACGCUUCGCAGUUUUCAUUGCAAACGGGGUCAGUUGGGUCAGGAAGUGGCGCGUGUUGAUACCUCUUAAUCUGUGUAAAGAAAAAACGCAAUGUGAAAGAACUCGUCUAAUACAUGGGACUCAAAAAAUGGGGGAUGGAAAGAUGAAUGAAGGGUUUACGGAAUAGUUUGUUACUGAUUGAUGGGGUAAUAGACCAGAAGAGGCCGAUUCAGCACUAUAGACAGAUAAAGCUGAAGGACUGAGUCAUCGGUCAACCCGCAGUUUCCUUGGAAAUAAACUAUAGGACGGACUACAAGAAAGUCCAGAUUUACAAUGCAAUCACGGUAAAACUAUAUAACGUUCCUCUGUUUUCUCCAUUUUGGAGCGAUGUCCUAACAGGAUAUCCUGAAGGCUGAAGAAUGUGGAGCUUCUAGAUUGAAUUGAAGAGGUCUCGAGAAGACGGUGAUGUGGCUCUGUGGUAACAGCUGAUCAUGAAGACUACGACUUCAAUCUCCAACGGAUCUCUGCAGCCAGAUGCUCAUAACCACAGCACACCGCACAGCUGCAGCAUCGACGAAUCCUACAAGUACAUCAUCUUGCCUCUAUGCUACUCCUUGACCUUCUUGCUCAGCCUCGUCCUGAACUCCACAGUCCUCCUGCGGUCUCGCCGAAGCGGCCGUCAGUGGAACACUUCGCUGAUCUACAUGGUCAAUCUGGCCUCCACGGAUCUGAUGUACAGCUUCUCUCUGCCCUUCCUCGUGGCUAGUUAUGUGAUGCGUGACCAUUGGGUUUUUGGAGACUUCAUGUGCAGGCUGGUGCGUUUCUUGUUUUACUUCAACCUGUACUGCAGCAUCUUCUUCCUCACCUGUAUUUCCGUCCAUCGCUACAUGGGAAUAUGUCAUCCGAUCAGAAACAUUGCUUUGGAGAGCAAGCGGGCGGUUAGGGGCAUCUGCGCAACUGUUUGGGUCAUAGUGUUCAUCCUUACAUGCCCAAUCGUCCGGUUUGCCAAAACAGGGGAUGUUUUGAGGAAAAUCGAAGGAACCGAUUCGUGGUCGGAAAGUAGUGGAGAUGCUGGAAGAGUAGAGGUGGAGGUAUAUAGGAAUUGUUGGGAUGACGCAAUUGAUAGUGAGUUUUCUGAAUACGUGCCUUAUGGAAUCGUUCUACACCUUCUGGGCUUCUUCUUCCCUUUUAUCGUCAUUGCAUGGUGUUACUCGCAGGUGGUGCGGACCAUCUUCCAAACGCUUCACUCCCAGCCACAGGUGCAAGAGGAAGGGGGAAUGUGCGGCGGGGUCGAAGGGGUCAAAGACAGGACAUCCGUGUCCAUCUCUGGCUCUCAACAUGCACCGUACCUCAACACGAGGCGCAAGUCCAUUAAAACCAUCAUCACCAUCACCAUCCUGUUCGCGCUGUGCUUCCUGCCCUUCCACAUCACACGAACACUCUUCCUCGUCCUCAAGGAAACCAAGGCCGUCGAGUGCCAAACCAUGCGGAUGGUUUCCAUUUGCUACAAGAUCACUCGGCCACUGGCUUCCUGCAAUUCCUGGCUCAAUGCACUCCUUUAUUUCUUAACAGGAGACAAAAGCUUAGCUUGCUGUGGACGGACCAGCGCCGGUCACAACACCCACCUGCUCUGGCCUUUACAGAUUCUUGGAGGACAGAAAGAGGCUGAGGAUCAAGAGCAAGGCAAUUCGCAUAAAGCAGAGGAAGAUCAUGAAAGUGACUCGAAAUCUUCAGGAAUAACAUAGAUGAGGAUGGGAAUGCACAGUCUCUAUGGGGACAGACCUACUUUUAACGUUCUAGAUUUCAUAUUAUUUAUUAUUCAUCCAUGCUACUGAGCAAUUUCAAACAAUCUUGUGUACCGCUGUAUGUUUUAUGCUAGUUUGUGACCAAGUGUCUCUUUUAAACAUCAUGUUUUUGGAGUUGGUGUGUAAAAGAAAAA